UGAGCCAAUCUGGUUCUAGCCUCCACUCCUGCUGAGCGAGAGUGCGAGGUUUGGAGCAUCUAGUCAGACUUCUUCAAGUGCUGGGUUGUGUGUUGGGAGCUGCCUUUGGCAGCUCUUUCUGCCCAUUGCAGAGCCAUCAGUAUUUUUUCCCAGCCCUGCUUGGCUCAGGCAGCCUGGCACUGUAGGUAGCAGUGAAGGUCGGCUACCUUCAGUAGCUCUAUAGGGAAAAACACCCCCCUGGGUGGGGCAGGUGAUCAGGUUCAGGGAACCAGGAGGGUGUCCUUCUUGAGAGAGCUGGGCAUUUCUUUUUCCCCUUGCUGGGAUAGUCAGGAGGGCUGUCCCACAGUCACACAGUUCUCUCAUGCUCUGUGUGACGCCGACGACAGGGAGCAUCUCCUGGUCCUUGGCUCUCCCCAGUAUGCUGCAGAGCACAAAAAUGGCCAUGGAGACAGCCUGGAGCUGCCCCAUCUGCCAGGACACUCGGAGGAGCAGGGCUUCUGUUCUGCCCUGUCGCCACCAGUUCUGCCUGAGCUGCAUCCUGCAGUGGGCACAGAGAAAUCCAUCAUGCCCACUCUGCAGAACACCGAUAGAUGCUGUCAGGUUUUCUGAGCAGGGCAGAUGGGACUCUCUUCUGUUUGUCAUCAUGCAUCCUGGAGAGUCACCACAGGCCAGCAGCCAGGCAAGACGAGCUUCUGGAGAGUCACCGGAGACUCCCACGGUGGGGGAAAGUGGCCCCCAAUGCCCUGUGGCAUCCCCUUCAUCUUCUCCGCAGGGGACAGUGUCCCCACCUGAGCAGGGGGCUGCAGGGCCAGAGCCCAUGGGUGGCAUUCUGCCCGAGGUCUGGGCAGAACUUUUCCGACGACAACAGCAUCUCCUGGACCCUGUGCUGCCCUGGCUACGCCAGAGGCUUGAGAAAAUUUACUGCAACUGGUGGUUGCCAGUACAGGUUGCUGAGAGCAGAAUCCUGUCUGAUCUCUGUGUCUAUGGUCUACAUGAGGAGACCUUGAUCCUUAGGCUGCAGAACCACCUCAGAGGACGUGCAGCACCACUGGUUCGUGACCUUAUCAAUGUUAUUUUGAGCCAGUGCAGUGAGGAGGCUCAGAGGCUCCUGCACUCCCACACUGAUGGAGAGGAAACAGGUGGGAGCUAUGUUUCAAAGUGUGACUUUUGAUCAUGAUCUCUCUGGAGUUAGACUCCAGAGUCCCCUGGACACCUGAUCUUAAUUUUGAGGAAUCCAUCCACCGCAUGGAUCUAUCCUGGAGCUGUUGGUCGCAGAAGUACGUAAUACCUUGGAGCGGUGUUUCAGAUGUCAAGCGUCCCAGCGUCUCAGUUUAGCCAUCUGUCAGCCUCUGAUGACCUAAAGUUCUCAAAGGGAACUGGCUCUGCUUUCCUGAUUCUUUGCUGCACAAUGGAGUUUUGGAAAAUCUCAUGAACUUCAGUUCUUGCUGGAAUUUCUUGUAAAGAAAGAUCAGGUUUCUCAUGGGCUCACUCAACAAAGAUGGAGCCAUUCCAGACCUUCUCACCGGCCAUGACAGUACUGCACAUGUACGUGGAAAACCCAUUUUCCUAAGUGAUUACUUUCCUUGUCUAGUCUUACAGUAAAAUUAGCCUGCUGAGAAACAAUUGCUGUAACUGAAUUGAAAGCAUACUAGACAACAUUCAUUCUGAAAUAUAGAUUUAAUAAAGUCAUAUAUGAAAACAAACAUGAAUACUGUCAGAGAGUCUUUAU